UUUGUGCUUGUACUUUGUUAGUUACUGAUGCCGCGUUCAAAAAUGUUUAGCGUACCAAAUUGAAAGUAUUAGGUCAAAAGUUGCGUAUUUAACGUGAGAAAAAACUCAUCAAUUGCGUUUAAAGCAUAAAAAAUGCGUAAAAACAAGCGUAUGACAGGUGGGCCUUCGCCAAAAAUUGCGCGACAAGCUGCGCCUCCACCUCCAUCGGAAGCGAUGGAAGUGGACGAUGAUGACGCUAACUUAUCGGAGGAUGAAGAAGGGGGAACGCGCGUUGGAGGUAUCUACAUUCCGCCACCAGUGCCGCCGUAUUGUUCAACUGAAUGCAAGGGUCCUCGGUUGAUAAUUACCAAUAUUUCGAACUACAAUUUUAAAAGCUAUGCGGGACAAGUUAUGUUGGGUCCGUUUCAUCAACGUUUCUCUGCCAUCAUUGGACCGAACGGUAGUGGCAAAAGCAAUGUAAUUGAUUCAAUGCUUUUUGUGUUCGGUUACCGGGCGCAGAAAAUACGCUCUAAAAAACUGUCCGUGUUACUACAUAGUUCUUCAAAGCAUCCCAAUACAAACAGUUGCACAGUUGGUGUACAUUUUCAACAAAUUCUAGACCGAGAAGAUGGUUCAUUCGAGGUGAUUCCGAAUUCCGAGUUUGUUGUGGCUAGAACGGCUUUCCGUGAUAAUUCGUCCUACUAUACAAUAGAUAGCAAGCGAGUUCACUUUCGAGAGGUUUCAAAAUUAUUGAAGCAGCAUGGAAUCGAUUUGGAUCAUAAUCGUUUUCUGAUUUUGCAAGGUGAAGUAGAAUCCAUUUCCAUGAUGAAACCGAAAGCACUUACGGAAACGGAUUGUGGCUUGCUGGAAUAUCUGGAAGAUAUUGUCGGAACAACACGAUACAAGCAGCCACUAGUCAAGAUUAAUGAGCGCGUUGAGUCGUUAAAUGAAGAGCGAACGGAGAAACACAACCGCUGCAAGUUGGCCGAGCGAGAAAUGAAGGAUUUGGAAAAGCCGAUGACAGAGGCCGUCGAGUAUCUGAAGCUGGAGAAUUCGCUAACAAGAACCAAAAAUCAACAAAUUCAGAAAUAUCUUAGUGAACAACGUAAAAAGAUCGGAGAACUGGAUGUUGAAAGGGAGCAAGCUAGCGGUAUUCUGAAAAAACACGACGACACUUAUGAGGCUCUAAAACAAGAGCGCAUAGAAAAAGAAAAUUUAGUUAAAGAGGAAAUUAAGCAAUACGAUGGGCUGGUGAAACAAAAAGAAGACAAGGAAUCGUGUUUGAAAGCUUCUUUGGAUAAAUAUACCAAAGUGCAGGCCAAUAUGAAAGCCACCAAUGAGCGUAGAAAAAAGACUAAAAAUCAGAUUGAAACCGAAAAAACGAAGUUAAACGAGCUUAAAGAGAUUCCGGAGAAAAAUGCCAAGGAGAUAAAAGAAUCGGAGAAGAAAAUUGAAUCACUGACAAAGCAGAAAACCGAUAUAGAAGCAAAACUAGCGGAAAACUUGAUUACGCUGAAGGAUGAAACGAAAGGUUUGCUUGACGAGAAAGAAAAGCUUCAAACAGAACUAAUUGACUUGAAACGAGCUGUUGACGAAAGCAAAUCUGCCUUAGCUUUAGCGGAAUCCGAGUUGAAAAUCUGUCAGCAUAACGAAACAACAGAAAAACGAAAGCUGGAAACGUUGAAAUACUCGUACGACGAUUCCAACAAAUCCCACGAGGAAAAACGUGUUCGUCUACGGGAAUUGGAACAAGGUUUGCCGCAAUUGCGAUCCGAUUUACAAACCGCUCAAGGAAAACUACAGGAAAAUGUUACGGAGGAGAAGGAGCUUCGCCAACAGUUGCGUACUAUACAGGCCAAACUACAGGAGUCGAUGCAAGCGAUGCAAGCUACCCGCUCCCAGGGCAAGGUAUUGGAUGCUUUGAUGAAACAGAAAGCGGAAGGUCGCAUUCCUGGUAUUCUUGGUCGGCUCGGUAACCUGGGAGGUAUUGAUUCCAAGUACGAUGUAGCCAUUUCGACCUGCUGUGGGCAGUUGGAUUUCAUCGUUGUUGAGAAAGUAAACGACGCUCAGGCUUGCAUCGAUUUUCUGAAAAAGUACGACGUAGGACGAGCUUCGUUUAUUGCGCUGGAAAAAAUUCAGCAAUAUGAGCAAUACUGCCACAGCCGCAUUCAAACACCCGAGAAUGUGCCCCGUUUGUUUGAUUUGGUUCGCGUCGAAGAUGAACGGGUUUUGGCGGCGUUUUAUUUUGCUCUUCGAGAUACUUUGGUGGCCGAUAAUUUGGACCAGGGACAGCGUAUUGCGUACGGUGCAAAGCGUUACCGUGUAGUGACCUUGAAUGGUGAUGUCAUUGAAACAUCCGGUACAAUGUCUGGUGGUGGCCGUUCAAUGCAGCGUGGUCGCAUGGGCACCAAAGUGCAAACAAAAACCUCUGCGUCCAAUACGCCAAAGUCCAACAAGGAAGUCGAACACCUUCAAGUGAAAGCUGAAGAAAUUCAAUCGCAAAUAAACUUCCUGCAGGAGCAGCAAGGUACGCUCGAGCAUGAUAUCCAGAAGUUGUCGGCUCAGCUGAAGAACCAGGAGAACGAGGUCAAGCGACUACGGAUGGAUCUCACCAGUUUGGCCGAACAGUUACCUCGUUUGAAGGAACAGGUUGAACGGCAGGAAGCUCGCGUCGCCCAGACACACUCCGAUCCGGAGAAGGUGCGAGAUUUAGAAGAAAAAGUAAAACAGUGCAAGGCAGAACAUAAAGUUUCGAGCGACGCAGCAAAUUCCAUCCAGAAAAAGGUGGACCAGGUAACCAGUAGAAUUACUGAUAUCACCAAAAGUAAGGUGAAGGAUCUCCAAACGAAGAUCAGCAACUUGACGAAGCAAAUCGAUAAACUGACGACCAACAUUUCCAAGCUGACGGUAGAAAUCAAAACUUCAGAGCGUAAUGUGAAGAAGACCGAGGACAAAAUCCAAAGCAUGGAAGAAGAGGUAAUCGCGGCUCAAACUGCCAUCCGCCAGGGUAACGAAGAACGGGAAAAGCUAGACGAGGAAGCUACUCAGUUGAAGCAGCAAAUUGAUGACCUGCGGGUCGAAAUCGAGAAAGCUCACGAAGGUUCCUCUAGCAUCAAGAAGGAGAUUGUUGCCAUCCAGAAAAAGGAAUCCGAAGGUAAAAUGAAACGGCUAGAGUUUGAGCAGAUUUUACAGUCGAUCGAGAAAAAGUUAAGCGAAGUUAAGGACACCAUUCCGCACUGGAAGAAUAAGUUGAAACCACUGAAAUUACACGAGAUUCCCGGGGAAACCACACCAGAACCGCUGAAGGAAUACACUGAGGAAGAAUUGGACGGGUACAAACUUGCCGAUUUGCAAUAUCAAAUUUCAAUCCAGGAAGAAAAGCUAAACUCGAGCAAACCAAAUCUCUCAGUUAUCGAAGAGUUUCUGAAAAAACAGGAAGCCUAUUUGCAACGUGUUGCAAUUCUGGAAGAAAUCACAGCCAAACGAAACGAGAUGCGUCAACUGUAUGACGACGUAAGAAAGAAACGGUUUACGGAGUUCAUGCAAGGCUUCCAUAUUAUAACCAAGAAGCUUAAAGAAAUGUACCAGAUGAUCACGCUGGGAGGUGAUGCAGAGCUUGAGUUGGUCGAUUCGAUGGAUCCCUUCAAUGAAGGCAUCGUAUUUAGUGUGCGACCGCCGAAAAAAUCAUGGAAGAUGAUCUCUAACUUAUCUGGAGGGGAGAAGACGCUCUCUUCGCUGGCUUUAGUUUUUGCUUUGCACUACUACAAACCCUCUCCAUUGUACGUGAUGGACGAAAUUGAUGCGGCGCUCGACUUUAAAAAUGUGUCGAUUGUAGCGCAUUACAUAAAGGAAAGAACUAAAAACGCCCAGUUCAUUAUCAUUUCACUGCGCUCUAACAUGUUCGAACUAUCGGAUUAUUUGGUUGGCAUAUAUAAAGUAACCGACUGUACUAAUUCUGUAACGAUCAAAAAUGAUCCACCGAAGUUUCUCCAUUCCGCUUCGCAACAGCAGCAUCAAACGUUUUCAUUCAACCCCAAUUUAAGCUUGCAGUCCGAUCCAGGGUCCGAGCAGACCGGUAACGAAUCGAAGUCCAUGGAAUUCCCAGUCGAAGCCAAUUAGGAAAGUAUAACGUGACUGUUCUCAUUCGUGUGUAUUUAGUUUUCAUUUUCUCUAUUGACUACAACAUAUAAUAACUGUAAAGGGAAAUUUUCACAUAUCUUUGACAAUAAGUAAUUUUUGUAUGACGA